AAUCAGUCGGCCGCUUGCUUUCAGCCAGUGCAGAGGUUGUCGCGUGAAUGCCAUCGCUUAAGAGAUUACAAAACGUGUGCGACGAAAUUAUUAAAAACGCCGACGCUCGUACACCUCGACAAUGUUGAUGGCUUACAAUCUGGCUGCCUAUUAAACCGAGCGGAGGGCUGAGUGCGCGGGCGUUACGCACAGCUUAAAUAUUAAAAAAAAAGAAAACAAAACCCGUUUCGUUAGUGUUUUUAGUUUUUUGGCGUGGUAAUAACUAACACUCCGGCGCCAACGGCCCGAUACGUUAUCAGAUAAGCAAACAAGAAUUCUCGAAAAUAAAUACAAAGUGAUUUUAAUUCUGCUUAAAUGAUGUAAUUUGAUUAUGCAACAUUGAACAGAGAAAUAAGCAAUAUAUACUAUAUAGAAAAGUGAUAUAAACAUAAAGCAACAUAGAUAUUAAAGUUACUUGAAAAGAAAAGAAAGCCACACACAAUAUGCAGAAUUCAACGUCUUCGUGUGCCUGGUACUUGCCCUGGUCCUUGGCUGCCCAGCAGCAUCACCACAAGCUGAUGGCCAUGCAAACGCCCUUUGCGGACAAAGUGGCCGUAACACCGCCGGGCGCUAUCUACGCUCCACAGCCGCAAAUGCAUCAGCAGCAACAGCAGCAUCAGCAGCAUCAGCAGCAGCAGCAGCAUCAGCAUCAGCAACAGCAGCUGCAGCUGCAGCAGCCGCAGCAACACUCACCGAAUACUGCGGCAGCGCCGCCAACAAAUUAUCAACAGCCCGCGCUGCAUCCCAGCGCCGGCGCCGGCGCCCAUUUUCCCUUGGCGCCCGCCUAUAAUUUUGGCCAGCCGCUGCUUAAUGCUGGCCAAGCGGGCAGCUAUCCGGGCCAGCUGGCGCAGAGCAGUCAGCACAAUCACUCGCAGACGCAUCUGCUGCAGUCGUCGAUGUUUUCGCCACUUUCGCUGGGCGCCUACUACACGGCAGCAGCGCAGGCGGCGGCUGCGGCGGCAGCUGCAGCCGCUGGAGCUAAUCAUGCGAAUGCUGUGGCCACGUUUGGUGGCGUCCCAUUGUCCGCACAGCAGGCUCUAUUGGCUGCCGCCUCCGUGGCAGGCUCGACGGGCACACCAGCAGGCAUGUUGCCGCAGACGUCGCCCGUGUCGGUGCCGGUGCCCGUGUCCGUGUCGGUGCCGCGUCCACAACAGCCGCCCACAUGCGCUCUAGUGCAGCAACUAAAUUGUAUGCCGCAGGAUCUGCAGCAUCUCUCCUCCAUUAAUCUGAACCUGGGCAGCGUUAUGGCCCUUCGAAAUCAUGGAGCUGCCGCCGGUCUCACAUCCAUCAAAGCGCUGCCAAAUGCAGCCACUCUAACAAUUAACAGAAAGCUGACAGCCGCCAGCGAGCUGGAAAAACAAAAAGUAAAAAUACCCGAGAAGCGAAAAACUGAGGACACGGAGCAAAUUAAGGAUUUGAAAAAGGCAAAGCUCGAGACAAAGGCGCUGAAGGCCAAGAGACCAGGUUUCACUGACGAAAGAUAUCAGGAGACCUCCUACUAUAUGGAAAAUGGUCUGAGAAAAGUCUAUCCAUAUUACUUCACCUUCACAACCUUCACAAAGGGACGCUGGGUUGGCGAAAAGAUACUCGACAUAUUCUCCAAGGAGUUCCGGGCACAUCCAGCUGAGGAAUAUGAACGCUGCAUCCAGACCGGGACGCUGACCGUCAAUUUCGAGAAGGUGCCCAUUGACUAUCGGCUGAAGCACAACGAUUUAUUGGCCAAUAUUGUGCACAGACACGAAGUACCCGUCACUUGCCAACCAAUCACAAUAGUGCAUAUGGAUGAGGACAUUGUGGUUGUUAAUAAGCCAGCCUCUAUACCCGUGCAUCCAUGUGGUCGAUACAGGCAUAAUACUGUCGUCUUUAUACUAGCCAAGGAGUUCAACCUGAAGAAUCUACGCACAAUUCAUCGUUUGGAUCGUCUCACUUCCGGCCUGUUAUUAUUCGGCCGCAGUCCCAAAAAGGCGCGCCAAAUGGAACAGCAGAUCCGCAAUAGGCAGGUGGAAAAGGAGUAUAUCUGUCGAGUGGAGGGCAUUUUUCCAGACGGUGUCGUGGAAUGCAAGGAGCCAAUCGAGGUGGUCAGCUAUAAGAUUGGUGUGUGUAAGGUAUCCCAAAAGGGCAAGGAUUGCACCACAACUUUCCAAAAGUUGUCACAAAAUGGAAAAACCAGCGUGGUACUCUGCAAGCCGCUGACGGGAAGAAUGCAUCAAAUACGUGUUCACUUGCAAUAUUUGGGCUUUCCCAUACUCAACGAUCCGUUGUACAACCAUGAGGUUUUUGGGCCUUUGAAGGGUCGCGGCGGAGAUAUUGGUGGCAAAACUGACGAUGAACUUAUACGCGAUCUCAUUAACAUACACAAUGCGGAGAACUGGCUGGGCAUAGAUUGUGACUCGGACAUAUCGUUGUUUAAGAAUACCAAAGACGAAACUGACCUGGAGAGCCUGAGUAGCGAUCAAACUUUUGCCGUACAUCACAGCGAUGACGAUGUGGGUGCCAAUUCGCGGGAAACCACACCGCCUUGUCUGGAAAAUCCACAGACCACAGACUCCAUCAAGCAACUGCAUUGUACAAAUAGCAGCCCGAUUUUUUCAGGCAAGGCUGAUGUCGCUCCCACUUUGCCCACAGGGCUGCAAAUCCAAAAUGGGGCACAAACGGAUUUGGGAUUGGCCUCCGACAAAGUUGUUAUUGACAAACAUUGCUAUGAGUGUAAAGUGCACUACCGGGACCCGAAACCAAAGGACCUGGUCAUGUACUUGCACGCAUGGAAGUACAAGGGGCCUGGCUGGGAGUAUGAAACUGAGCUGCCCAACUGGGCACUUGCGGAUUGGGAUGAGUGCGACCUAACCGCUGAAAAAGUUGUAAAUUAAAUAGAUAUUCUAUAACUUGUGUCUGGCUUGUCGGACCGUACCGUAGUUUUAUUUAUAAUGCCUUAGUUCGGGACCCUCAUCAAAGCGCUUCAAAUCAAAUCAUUGAAGAACCAAAACAAACGCAGUGCAAUUAAUAUUGACCAAUCUUUAAUGGAACCAAAAUGACCAAAUAUACAUAUAUUGAUUAUCGUAAACUUUUCAAGCAAAUUCUAAAUAUCAUAUUUAAGAAAAACAGUGCCUUUCAGAUUGGUAUAUAUAAAUAAUACAAAUAUUCAUAUAUAGAUGCACUGACAAAUAAUCCCCAAAUUGCUUUAGAUGUAUUUCUCAUAGUCAAUUUUAUUGGUAUUAGAAAAAUUAGAUGUAUAUCACCAAAAUCAAAAUACUGCAAGCCAACUAAUCAAACUAUGUAAUACACAUAAGAGCUGAAAAGACAUGCAAUACUAUUUCAAUUUUUCAUUACACAAUUAGUUAUAUAGAUACAUAAGUAUAUACAUUAAUCAGGAGAAUCGAAAACAAUUUCACGGGAAUUGAGAAGAGAUUCGCAAACAGAAGGUUCCAUAUCACCUUAACAAGAACCUCAUAUCCCAUAAAAUUAAGAAAGCAAAUGCAAAUCAAACUCGUGCCGUACUUCAGUACAUAUACUUAUUGAAGACGAUAAAAGUCGAACAAAAUAUGAUAUAUACUUAUAAAGAAAUUGAAAUAGAUAAUUUUAUAUGAAGUACAUUAUACUCGAUAAGUGCAAUACUUAUACAUAUAUUAAUUAUUAUCAAUAAAUUUUACAAAUGUUUCUUAGAAAAA